CCAAGAUGGCGGACGAGGAGGGCGAAGCGCGGCCGGGGGCGCGGAACGGGGCCGGGGAGGGACCCCCGGGCGGGCCCCGCGUCGUCCGCAUCGUCAAGUCCGAGUCCGGUUACGGCUUUAACGUCCGCGGGCAAGUCAGCGAAGGCGGACAGCUGCGCAGCAUCAACGGCGAGCUGUACGCGCCGCUGCAGCACGUCAGCGCCGUGCUGGGCGGAGGGGCCGCCGACCGCGCCGGGGUGCGCAAGGGGGACCGCAUCCUGGAGGUGAACGGUGUGAACGUUGAAGGAGCCACCCACAAGCAGGUGGUGGACCUGAUCCGUGCCGGGGAGAAGGAGCUGGUGCUCACGGUGCUGUCGGUGCCGCCGCACGAGGCCGAGAGCCUGGAGCCCCCCGAGGAGCCCCUGGGGCCCCCGUUCUACGACUACAGCGAGAAGCAGGCGGUGCCCAUCUCCAUCCCCACCUACAAACACGUGGAGCAGAGCGGGGAGAAGUUCGUGGUGUACAACGUGUACAUGGCCGGGCGCCAGCUGUGCUCCAAGCGCUACCGCGAGUUCGCCAUCCUGCACCAGAACCUGAAGCGCGAGUUCGCCAACUUCACCUUCCCGCGCCUGCCCGGCAAGUGGCCGUUCUCGCUGUCCGAGCAGCAGCUGGACGCCCGCAGGAGGGGCCUGGAGGAGUACCUGGAGAAGGUUUGCUCCAUCCGGGUCAUCGGCGAGAGCGACAUCAUGCAGGAGUUCCUGUCGGAGUCGGACGAGAACUACAACGGCGUGUCGGACGUGGAGCUGCGCGUGGCGCUGCCGGACGUCAGCACGGUGACCGUCAGGGUGAAGAAGAACAGCACCACGGACCAGGUGUACCAGGCGGUGGCUGCCAAGGUGGGCAUGGACAGCGUCACCGCCAACUACUUCGCCCUCUUCGAGGUCAUCAACCACUCCUUCGUGCGGAAGCUGGCUCCCAACGAGUUCCCCCACAAGCUCUACGUGCAGAACUACACCUCGGCCGUGCCGGGGACCUGCCUGACGCUGCGCAAGUGGCUCUUCACCACCGAGGAGGAGGCGCUGCUCAACGACAACGACCUGGCCGUGGCAUACUUCUUCCACCAGGCCGUUGAUGACGUCAAGAAAGGCUACAUCAAAGCCGAGGAGAAAUCCUACCAGCUGCAGAAGCUCUGCGAGCAGAGGAAGAUGGUCAUGUACCUGAACAUGCUGCGGACGUGCGAGGGCUACAACGAGAUCACCUUCCCGCACUGCUCGUGCGACUCGCGGCGCAAGGGCCACGUCAUCUCUGCCAUCAGCAUCCGCCACUUCAAACUGCACGCCUGCACCGAGGAGGGGCAGCUCGAGAACCAGGUGAUCGCGUUUGAGUGGGAGGAGAUGCAGCGCUGGGACACGGACGAGGAGGGCAUGGCCUUCUGCUUCGAGUACGCGCGCGCCGAGAAGAAACCGCGCUGGGUCAAGAUCUUCACCCCCUAUUUCAAUUACAUGCACGAGUGCUUCGAGCGAGUGUUCUGCGAGCUCAAGUGGAGGAAGGAGAUUUAAAAAAAAAACCAGGAAAAAUAUCCAAAAGGAGUAAAAUUCCAAGGAAAUGUCUCUCCUGGCACAAGGAUCCUGCUCAUGGAUUUGUAUUCCUGAUUUUUUGGGGAAUUUUGGGGUGUUUUCCCAGAAAAAUCCCCUGGAAAAAACCAAAUUUCCCCAUUUUUGAGUGGGAUUUUUCCAUGGAUCCAGAGGCUGGGCAGCUCCCAGGAGGAAAAAUCAAUUUUCUCGAUUUUUGAGCACUUUUUAUCCCUGACUUGGGUGUCCAA